AUGAAAUUCCCCGUCGUUUUCCUCGUUUUCGUCACACUGCUCGCCGGUCAGGCACAAGGGAAUUUCCUCGGCGACUGGUGGGAUAAGGUCACCGGCGCCGCCCAAUCCGCCGAACAAACCGUCGGUGAUGCGGCGAAUACGGUCGGAGACGCCGCGUCGAACGCCUAUGAUAAAGUGGGGCAAGCGAUGGGUGAGGGAGUCGGAUGGUCGAAAGAUCAACUCGGCGCGAUCGGCCAGGGCGCCGCCGAGCUCUCGGGGAAGGUGGGAAACGCCGCCGUCGACACCUACAACAACGUCGGGAAAGCGGUGAGCAAAGGGUGGGAUUGGUCGAAAAACGAGGCGCAACAGGUUGGCACCAAAGUCGAGGGAGCCGCCAUUGAUACCAAGAACUGGGCUGUCACCGCCGGGCAAAAGAUUGGACAGACUGUUAACAAUGGGAUCAACGAGGUCAAACAAGCAGUC